AUGGAUCCCGCCGCACAGCUGGACGACUUGAUCGCAAACAAACCUCUUGAGGACCUAAUAUCCCCUCGCCAAUCAUCAGCUGCAGGCAGGUCCCGGAAGAGGAAGCUCCCAUCCACAGAUUUGAAUAACCACGCAACCUUCUCGCGCAAACGGUCUUUAACCGCAUGUCAGCUAUGCCGCACCCGUAAGACGAAGUGCAACAAUGAGCGGCCGAUUUGCUCCAAGUGUAUCGAGCUCAAUGCACAAUGUGUCUAUGAGGGAGAUGAAGCCACUGCGACUGUCCCUCCGGCAAUCCGGAUCCUUGAGCGUCUCGACUAUCUGAUCGGACUGGUCGAGCCAUGUCUGCGUACGGCUGGAAGCCCCCAGAAUUCGCAUGAGUUCAAUGGGAAUCAGCCUUACACUGCGACUACACCCCCCAGAUACGAUGUCACACCCGACGAUUAUGAGACUGAAGCAUCGAAGCACGACUACUUCGGCUCCGGCCAGGACAUUCUCGACUGGCCAGUAUUCGAAGGCAAGUAUGACCGUCGUUGGAUUGAGGCCUUGAUCUUCGACCCGACACUGCCCUGCGAUGAUCUAUCUGGACCAUGCACCUCACCAAGAGUGACCGACGACACGAUUCGAAAUACGUAUAAGGACCCACGCCAAGCUUCAGGAUUGGGAGUUGGCGUACGCGAGGAUGAUGUUCCACAUCUCGUUGAAGCAUUCUUACUCAAUGUUCAUGUUAAGAACCCAAUUUUCGACCCCGAAUACAUCCGGAGUAUGGCCAGAGGUGUGGCUGAGCAUGGUUUGAACUGGCAAGCAGGCAGCUGUCUCGUACUUCUCGUCUGCGCUCUUGCCUCUAUUUCCUCUCGAUUCAGCCGUCAAACGACCCGGACGCCGGACAACAUGCUACUGCGUGCUGACACCAGCUUGUCCACCACACCGGGUUACCAGACAGCAGAAUCGUACUAUACGGCAGCGUGCAAGCGCAUCGGUCUUCUAAAGAAUACGUUGGUCGCGACUGAAUGCCAUUUCGUAGCAGGCAUGUACGAGAUGUAUACACUGCGACCAUUGCAGGCCGCCAUUUCCUUUAAUCGGGCUUGCGUGGCAUUUCAGACACUUACAUGGAUGCGUUCAGAAUACUAUGCUACCGAAAACCAGCUCGGAAAAGCUCGUGCAAGUCGACUGUACUGGUCUUGCCUGAAGUCAGAGCACGAGACAUCCAUCGAGAUCAGAUUUCCUUCAUCGGGCCUGACCAAAUUAAACUAUACGAGCCAUUUUCCUGCACCGCCUCCCCCAACCGCGACCAUCCCGGCAAGGAUCCACAACGAGUUUGAGGAGGGCUGGUACUACUAUCUGGCUGAGAUAGCAGCGCGCCGUAUACUGCAGCGCGUUAUCAGCUCCUCGUACAAUGGUGGCGAGUCUGCUUGGGUAGACGUCUCCUUGCACAGCCUCCUGCAGACAGCAGAGGAGCUUGAUCGACAACUGACAGAAUGGCAUCGUACGCUACCUAAGCUCAUAUCUUUUGAUAGCGAGAUGCCGGCAGAUACUGAGCUUGCCUACCAUCUGCAGGCUCGGUCUCUGGAGGUCAAAGAGCGCAUCUACCGCCCGUUCUUGUACCGCAGCAUCCACAACCGACACGACGCUUCCGAGCAGCUCGCGUUGGGCCCGCUGGUGCGACUACAUGCUUCUACUUGUACGAAGCUGACACAACAUUGGGACAUCCGUCAUCGCCAUCAUGGCACCUGGUUCAUGGUGAGACAAAGCUUCACCGCAGCACUCUUACUGCUCGCUGCGCAGAAAUCCGGCCUUGUCGCAAAUGACGAGACAUGCGAACGAAGCGUUCAGCAUACCCUGUCGACAUUGCGCUUCUGGGAGGCAGAAGCGCCAGACCUGAAGGCGUCUAGACUAAUCCUAGAGGACGUUAGUAGUCAGCUGCGCGUUCAAACCAGUACAUGA